AUGUCGGGGAUUUUCUCGCUAGGUGUUGACAACAAUCUUAACCAGAACAACAAAGAUCCGACGGACAGCAGCAGCUCAAGCCUCUUCCUUUUGAAGAACGAAGAGAUCUACAGCAGAGGUUUCGAGCUGUGGCAGCACUACUACCACCACCACCACCACAACCACCGCCUACUACAGCUGCAGCAACAACAUAACCUUCACGACGGCGACUUCUCCGUAGGCCCCACCACCACUAGAAGAAACAAUAAUACUAAUAAUAAUAAUAAUAUAAGUAGUGGUACUGGUGAUGAUCAGGGUUCGAGCCACGGGGGUUUUAGGGUUACGAGGCGUGGCGAGGGGGUCAGCUGCCAGGACUGCGGGAAUCAGGCCAAGAAGGACUGCGACCAUCUCCGUUGCCGGACCUGCUGCAAGAGCCGGGGAUUCACUUGUCAGACACACGUCAAGAGCACAUGGGUCCCGGCAGCCACGCGCCGCCACCGCCAGCAGCAGCUGGUCACGAGGGUGGGAGGCGACGGGAGGGAGGAUCGGCUGCAGAUCGCCGCCGGGAAGCGGAUCAGGGAGAAUCAGGCUGCAGCCGGCGCCGGCGCGGCGUCAGGGUUUGAGUUGGGACACUUUCCGGCAGAAGUAAGUUCGCCGGCGACUUUCCGGUGCGUGAGAGUGAGCGCGGUGGAUGAGGCAGAGGAGCAUCUGGCUUACCAAACGGCGGUAAAGAUAGGAGGACACGUUUUCAAGGGAAUUUUAUACGAUCAAGGCCCAAAAAGCCGCUACAGCUUACCGGGAGGUGAGGGCUCCUCCCUCGGAUCACAGCCGCUAGGCCUCAUAGCUGAUGCCCCCAGCAGCCAGAAUAUGACGGCAGUUAUCGACCAGUCGGUUUAUCCCACGCCGUUAAGCGCGUUUGUGGCGGGUACGCAGUUUUUCCCACCUCCAAGAACUUAA